UAUAAAUACCUGUCAAAGUAUACUCUGCCGCAGCUACAACUAAUUCCUCCUAGAACCCUAAUUCACCGUUUCUAUGUGAUUAAGCUCACAUACAUAAGAUCGCUUCUAUUUCUCCCUUUUCGUUUUAAGAUUCCAAUCUCUUUUGCCUUCAAAAACUCGAAAGUGUUGAUUUUUAUUUCAUUAUCGUUCUGAAACUAUUGUCUCUGCCGUUUUGAUUCGAUACGACUUAAGUGGAUGCUUUUGUUAGUCCUUAGGCUCAGAUUUUGGUUAUUUCUUAGAAUCAGGUUUAAAAGUUCUUGUUUUCGAUUUGAAGCGUUAUGGAAAUCCCAAUGAUGACUGAUUAUGAAAAAAAUGUUAAAAGUAGUGACUGAUAUCUUUUGAUGAAGUUUUUAGCUCUGAGGGAUUUAAUUUGCUCUUUGUUUUCUUUUAACGAUCCGUUGUUUGACAUUGGUUAGUUUGGUGAGUUUUUGUUUUUGCUUGAUUUGAAGCAUAUUAAUGCACACGGCCUUAGCCACAUCCCAAUGAUGAAUGAUAUGAAGAAAAAAAAUGUUAAAAGUAGUGACUGAUUAUACCUUGAUUACUAAUCAAUUCUGAGGGAUUCAUUCAGCUAAGGCUUUUAUAACUUCAAUUCUCUUAUAUGUUAUCUUUGUUUUACUUAACACUCUAUGUGCCCUGUGAUGACUGAUAAAAUAUUUAUGGUUAAAAGUAGUGUCUGAUAUCUUAUUGAUGAAUAUUUCAAAUCUGAGGGCUUAAUUUUUUUUUAAUAAAAGUAGUGACUGAUAGCUUAUGCAAAAUCUUGUUUUCAUUCUUGAUCAUCCUAAAUGCCAGCUUCUGCAGUGAAGUGCAAUGUCGUAAAGGUCUCUUUCGUGAGCAAGUAAAAUCCCACCGGCGGAAGAAAUCUCUCUGCAUUGCACUUCAUCUGCAGAAGCUGGCGAUUUUAGUCAAUUGGAGUGAAUUUUGGGCCUGUGUCUUCAAUGUAUUAUGCUCUUUUGUUUUUCCCUGGUGUGCUUGACCAAGAUGAAUUUUUGACUCUACUGGUUCACAAUUUUGAUAGAACGGUUGGAUUAAAUGGAAAACACAGCGACAUCAGCUUAUUUACAUAACCAACCUAAUGAAAAAAAAAAACCAAAAAUGUUAGUUUGUCAAACCUCACCAAAUCAUCUAUUGAAAGAUUUCCUUUGCCUUUUUUAAAACUCCUAUUUCAGGAUUGAAAUAUACAAAGCUUAUUAGCAGUACUUCUUGGACCCAUGUGUUUGAUAUUUUUUGGGGUUGAGAUAAUGAGAUCUCUUCAAGCGUGUUUCUUCCUUCCAAAGUCCAAAAGAAUGUGUGUGAAACGUAGACUUUCUAAAAGGUUACCUCUGUGUGCCCGUUUACCUCCGGAGAAUCUUUUUCUUCUUUCUCUCUAGACGUGCUUUGCUUUGCAUAUGAGAGGAUGAAUCAGAAUGAAGGUGACGCCCUUGUAGAUUCCAUCAAAGCAAAGUUAGACUUUUUGUCAUCUCUUUCAACCAAAUGCUGUAUAUACAAGGUACCUAAUAAGCUCCGUAGACUCAAUCCUGAUGCAUAUACGCCUCGGCUUGUGUCUUUUGGCCCGCUACAUCGUGGUAAAGAAGAGCUUCAAGCUAUGGAAGAUCAUAAAUACAGGUAUUUGCAGAGUUUUAUCCCUAGAACAAACUCUAGUCUAGAGGACCUUGUUAGAGUUGCUAGGACUUGGGAACAAAAUGCUCGCAGCUGUUACGCAGAAGAUGUGAAACUUAAUAGCGAUGAGUUUGUUAUGAUGUUAGUUGUAGAUGGUAGCUUCCUGGUUGAACUUCUUUUGAGGUCUCAUUAUCCUCGGCUUAGAGGCGAGAAUGAUCGGAUAUUUGGGAAUUCAAUGAUUAUCACUGACGUGUGCCGUGACAUGAUUUUGAUCGAAAAUCAGUUACCCUUUUUCGUUCUAAAGGAGAUAUUUCUUCUCUUGUUUAUAUACUACCAACAAGGAACACCUUCAAUCACACAGCUAGCGCAACGCCACUUCAGUUAUUUCUUGAGCCGCAUUGAUGAUGAGAAGUUUAUUUCAGAGCCAGAACAUUUUGUUGAUCUUCUGAGGUCUUGUUAUCUGCCACAGCUUCCAAUUAGAUUGGAAUACACUACAUUGAAAGUGGACAAUGCACCUGAAGCAACAGAACUUCACACUGCUGGAGUUAGGUUCAAGCCAGCAGAGAGCACUAGUUGUUUACUUGACAUUAGUUUUGCUGAUGGAGUACUGAAGAUUCCAACCAUUGUCGUCGAUGAUCUCACGGAGUCCCUCUACAGAAACAUCAUUGUGUAUGAACAAUGUCAUUGCUCAAAUAAGAACUUCCUCCACUACACCACACUGCUCGGUUGCUUCAUUAAAUCCCCUACAGAUGCUGACUUGCUCAUCCGCAGUGGGAUCAUCGUGAACCAUCUGGGGAACUCAGUAGAUGUUUCGAAGUUGUUCAAUAGCAUCAGCAAAGAGGUUAUCUAUGACAGAAGAUUCUACUUUUCGACACUCUCUGAGAACCUUCAAGCUUACUGCAACACACCAUGGAAUAGGUGGAAGGCAAUUCUGAGACGUGACUACUUCCACAAUCCUUGGUCAGUUGCUUCUGUUUUUGCAGCUUUACUUCUUCUCCUUCUCACUUUCAUUCAGGCUGUAUGCUCUAUCUUGGCUUUGUAAGUCUAUUGGGACAUCACUUGGUCAAUAAAACUAAACAUCUGUCUUUUGAAUAUAUAUAUAUAAUUGUAGUAUCUUAAUGUGUCAAAAUUAUCUUUGGUUUCACAAUUU